AUGACCGACUUCAAUCCUCGAGAGCUGGAAUGCCAAAAGCCCCAGGUGUUUGGAUGCGAUAAUCUUCAAAUCAGUAAGGAAGCUACAAAUCUUUGCGGCAACUCAAUGAAACCGAAGACUCAAACAGAGUGCCCCUUCCAUGAUGAUUCGGAUAAGGCCUUUGAAGCAGAAAUGUUUGACCAGUUCUGUGCUCUUGGAUCAGCGAUGUCGUUCGAAAAUCAGACAAAAGAGUUCGAAAACGAUGUUGAAAGAGUUUUGAUAUUAUUAAAUGAAUUGAAGAAUAUUUUGGCUAAUGGAAACUGUUCUGGAAACAGAAGUUUUGGCCCACAAGCACUGGAACUGGUCAAAUGUCUAGAAAACCUUGUAAAUGGUGACUCAUUGGCCAAUGAAAAUGAUUAUCUGACGCAAAAUUUUUCAGCAGGCAUACUGAGUGAAGAUUUCGACAUAAUGCGCCCUGACGCCAUCAAGCCGGAUAUUGAUCUCAAUACAAGGUUUAAAGACAUGAUGUGUAAGUUGUACAGCGAGCUGGAACUACUGGAGGAUGAGGUGAAAGAAAGGGUAAUUUCAAAUUUGGAGAAAAUGCGCGAAACACUAAUGAACGAUGAACCAAUGAAAGGGGAAACAGAAGACAUGCCUUGUGACGAGGAUGCAAAUGAAGCACAACACGAAGGAGGAUCAAAUUCUGCUCCAAUGGAGUGCGAAGAUGGUACACGAGAAAAUGAGCAAACUGGAGAGAAUGCACUUUUAAAUGGCAAUAUGGAUCCUGAAUUUCAGGUGGAAACUGAUCCUCCAGAUAAGGAAAUUCAUGACACUGCAAAACAGUCUUUGACAGAGGAUAAUGAAGGAAAUGAAAACAACUUGAGCGGUCAUCUGUUGAAUGUGUUCCCGAAGAAGGAGGAAGCAGUUCUAAGUGAUGCUUCUAACAAUUCUGUGACGGAAAGUCAAUCAAAUUUUUCUUUGACUGCCGACAUUCGAGAAAAGAUUACGUCACUUCUCUGUAAACGGGACAGAUUAACCUUAUUAGAGUUCAAAGGAAAACUGCUCUCUGUACUGCACGAUUUGGAUGACAUUUUGGACACAUUUGAAACCAAACUUACUACUUCGAAACAGCUUCCUCUAUUUGACCAACAAGAUCGUCAGAACCCUAUUAAGCCCACUGCAAGUUUGUUUUGGGUGAUGUCUUGCCUGAAGAAUUUCAUUCGACGUGUUGAGCCGAACCUGCAAGUUCCAGAAUGUAAUCUAGAGGCUAAGAUAUGUAGUCUGUUAUGCGUUUUCUCCUACCUAUUGCAGUUACACCAUCCCGAUUCGUCCAAUUUGGGAAUGGCAAAGGAAGUUUUGAAGUGUCUUGAUAUUGAGCUCUCUAGGCAGGGCGCAGGGACCUCCGUGCUCGCUGCUUAUACGCGUCAGUUGGAGGAAAUGGUUAUGAAUGCAAAGGCAGUUAAAACCGAUACCAAAGUGGAGGAAAACGCUGAAACUGGCUCAAUAAACUCCUUCGAAUUUGAAAAUACUAAUCAUAUUCAUCAAAUUAGACCAGCAGUUGCGGAAGGUGCAGAGAACACACAAAGUGCCCCACUGAAUGCUGAUACCAAUAACGAUCCGGAUGGAAUUAGCCAAACAGCCAGUCCAUUGGCAGACGAAGUUGAGUGUAAGGAAGCGGCCAAUUCCUGA